AUGGAGUCUUCUGUCGAAAAGCACGCCGUUGCCGCUGCUUAUUCUCUUUUUUUCAUUUUGGGCUUCCCGGCCAACUGCCUGUCUCUGUUUGUAGCCUGGAUGCUGAUGAGAAAGGGGAAGAGCAUCGCAGUCUACCUCUUCAACCUGUCCAUCUGUGACCUGCUCUACACAAUUUCUCUACCCGUGUGGAUUGAGCUGUCUCUGGGGAGGCCUGCGGGGGAUCUGUGCAGCUUGUUGGCUGUGAUCAUGAACAACAGCUUCUACGUCGGCUCGGGCCUCCUCUGCUGCAUCUCCGUCGAUCGCUACCUGGCGGUGGUUUAUCCUCUCCACUGUCACCGGGUUCGAGAGGUGCGGACAGCCGCCGUUGCGUGCAUUGCCGUUUGGAGUUUGGAGAUCGCCAUCCACACCGUCCUGCUUAACCACACGGGGGCGCUGGUAGCUUUCUCCUCGAGCGCCUUGUGUGACGGGACAAUGCCCAUGAGACCAGAAGAUGCCGACCUCGCCCUGACUCGAGUCACUCUGGGGUUCUUGCUCCCCGUUUUCAUCAUGGUGUUUUGUUUUCAGCAGAUCAUGCGGUCUCUCCAACGGAGCACCUCCAUCCUGAAAGGGGAGCGCAAUCGAGUGGGGCACCUGUUGUUUUUCCUUCUUCUGACCUACGUAGUGGCCUUUAUGCCCUACCAGACUGUCAUGCUGCUGAGGGCCAUACUGGAGCCUGGGGCCUGCAGCUGGGCCACGAGGCUCAGAGAUCCGUACCUGAUAACAGUUACCAUGACCACCAUCAACAGUACUCUGGAUCCCAUCAUCUACUGUUUGAUCAGUGAGAGCGCCCAGAACGAGAUAAAGGACGCUCUAGGGAAAUGUCGGGGACUUUUGAGCGCCACAUCUGCAAUGGAAAACGAAACACUGGGCACAAACUAUUCACAAUGUUACUUCCCUGAAAGUUUAUCCAGGAAGAGGGCGUUUCUGUUUUUCUACCUGGCCUUAAUCAUCACCGCCAUCCCUUCCAACGCUUUCUUCCUCUAUGUGUCGUGGCAGCACAUUAGACAGAAAAACGGGCUCGGUGUGUAUCUGUUCAAUUUGGCCCUGAGUGACCUGGCCUUCACUAUGGGCCUUUCCCUGUGGCUGGACUUCCUGUGGAAAGGAGUCUGGGUCCACGGCGGCUACGUGUGUGUGCUAUCCGUCUAUUCUCUGUUCACUAACUUUUACACCAGUGAUGCGCUCCUCUGCUGCAUUGCUGUAGACCGCUACCUGGCAGUGGUUCACCCCUUAAAGUACACUUCCCUGAGGAAAGUUGGCACCGCGGCGGGGGUCAGCGCGGCCACGUGGGUGUCGGUGUUCUCGUUCAACGCCAGCACCAUCACGUGGGGGGACUCGUACCGGGAAAACGACACGUUCUCAGUGUGCUUUGAUAUCUUCCUCCCGAUGUCGAAGAACUUGGCUCGGGUCAACGUAGCACGCUUCGUCCUGGGCUUUGUCGUUCCCUUUGUCGUUGGGGUGUUUUCCACCUGGGGGAUCAGCAAGGCGGUGAAAUCCAACCAGGCCACUGAGGAACAGGAGCGUAAACGCAUUCGGAAGCUGCUGACAUUAGUUCUGCUCUGCCUUUUGUUCUUCUUCGGACCCAUCCACGUCAUGAUGCUCCUUCUUACAGCAGUGGACGACUGCAGGACUCUCGCAUGGCUCUUUUAUCCGUACAAGAUCAGCACUGCUAUCUCGAGCCUCAACUGCCUUGCAGACCCGUUCAUUUACUGCUUCAUUACUAGAACGGGGAAGGAGAAUGUCAAUCAACUUAUUCUCUUCUUUAAGAUAAAGAGGAAGCGCAGAGAUGAAAAUGCAGUGUAAAUUCAAAUAAAGAACAGGACUAAAUAAUGUAGUUAGUAAAACAAACAUUUCAGCUUUAUGGUGAUGCAUUUUCUGGGAGGUUUCUAAAUAGAAAGAAGUAGGCGGAUAUCUCAUAUCCACAAGCUCUGGGAUUUAUCAAUGCGCUGUACGAUGAUGAAUCUGUUAUGUCAUGCUAUUUGUAUUUUUGAUCAGACAGGUGUGAUUUAGAUGUGAAAGGAAGGAUGAAGGACGCAAAGGACACAGACAAAAAGGAUGUCUGCCUUCUCACAAUCCUAAUUUCCUGGUGUUUCAAUUGUGGCUGACCAAAAGUGGACACCUGAAGCUCUCUAGUGGACAAUCAUGGAGGUGCAGCAAGAUGUUUACUGUACUGUUUACAUUUGGAAUAGUUGAUGAUUUCCAAUGAAUCAUUUGUUUUAUUACCAAACCCGCAGUAUUUUAUCAGAGCAAUCAAACACAAAACUGCUACUAUUGCCCCUCAAUAAAGAUAAAUCAACUUUGUAUAUUGACCAGCUUUAUAUCCCCAGAUGGCAGAAGAGUAAUAAUAAUGUUACCUACUCUUUGAAUUUUGUUAUUUGUUUUAUAUACUGUUGUAAAAAUGAAUAUAAGUUUCAUUGUAAGUGGACAAAAGGUCAGUGACCUCCUGAACUUGAAUUUGUGAACCAGCAUCUAGGUGUUUUUCCAAGGAAAUCGUGUUUUAUUGUCUAGCGGUAAACAAAGUUCCUCUUGUGCCUCCUUCUAUUAAGAAUGACAAUGCCAUCUCUCUCUCUCUUUGUUGGAUGUGGAGGUGACCAGUGGGAGCUCCAGUCCUCCCCUCCCCUGAAAAACCAAGGUUUGUCAUCUUGAAACCAAAGGAAGAAUCCUUCGAGAAGCUUUGAUGCAUGUCUUGUAUGUGUGUCAACUCUGUCCAUAACUGUCCAGUUUAAUGAUUUCACACUGGUGUUGAGUAAAUUUUUUCUAACAUAUACAUAAUAUGGCAACCUAUGAGGUGGGUGAUCCCUGCAUCUCAAGUUUUCUUAUAAAUUGUGUGACAUUUUGCCUUCAUAACAAAACAGAUGCAGGCAAGAAGGUGUUCUGCUCCAUGUGAGUCUCCUCCAUGUGAGUCCUUGCACUGACUAUUCUUCAAACUGUUCAUCCGUUCAUGUCAGAUAAUAUGCUUAAUUUAAUGCUGAACAAUCUGAAUCAGCAGAAGGUUGAAGCCGUGAAGCCCAUCUGAAUGCCCAUAUAACCUUCCACUGUCCUUGCCUCUGACACCCUUGUUUGUGUCAGUAAGUAAAGUACAGGUGCAUGGAGGGAUGGAGAUAAAUGAGUUUCACAUGGAUCUUGGCAGAGUUUCAGCAAUGGCACGCCUACGAGGGUCAGCUUUCUCUGCGGCAUUAAGAAUCAAUGCUUAUCUACAGUACACUGGUGGUCUGAUAGUAUGCACAUACAUUUAAGAUAAACCUGAUACUCGUUGGAAUAAAAAGGUUGAGUGCGAAAAUUACAAACUGAGUGGAUUCUUCAUUCAAGAGUCAAAGAGAAUUGGUGAAUUUUUUAGUUCUGACCAUAUUUUACCUGGCUCAUGUAACUGGACCUUGGUGUUUGCAUGCAAUCUGGGUAAUGUGUACAGAGGCCCCCAAAAAAUCCUGAAGAAAAUUGAGAAGAAGGAAAGAAAUGAGAAGUUUGCAAAUGUGUGAUAAUGAUAUUACAUAAUAUAUUUGUGAUGGAAUCUAUGAAUAGAAUUAAUGAAGUUUAGCUGUAUUUACAUUAUAGUUUUCUUUAUAAAACAAUAAACUAGAUUUGCUCCAGCAAAAAUAUCUUUACUGUAAUAUUUUCUAAUUUAUCCUUUCUUUAAUGCCGCCACUCAUUGUGUUUUGUCUAUUGCAAUGAUUUUUUUAUCUUAAUGUCAAAACACGAUUAAAUCAGCUUUUCACAGACAGCUCUGCCCAGCUGUCUCCCGGUCUAUAAUCCAGACUGUCAUACUGUUCUGUGGUUUCUUUCCCACUUGCCAGACGUGCGCAGUUGAACCCAGCCCCAACAACAGCUAUCUUUAGUCAUUGGAGAGCAGAGAUGCAGAGAGCUGUGUUUCACCGUGAUUCAUUCCCAGGCAUAAGAAUGUAAUGUUUUAUGACAAAAUUCAGGAAAUGUGAGAAAGCUUACGAUUAGAUUAUCUUUAGAGCACUUGUGAAGUAGGGACAACUAGAGUGUGUGCUCAUGCAUGCAGGGACAUACUCCGGGUGAGAGAGUUUGUUUUGUAAGCAGAAAUUCUUGCACACGUUUAUGAGAGUGUGCUCCUGGUCUCCUAAAAACAAGAUUACAACCACUCAUCAUCCCAUCAUACGACACAGUGUCUAAAAUCUGUGUACCUAACCUUGUGUACA